AACACGCCUAGUCUGUCGAAAAAGAAAAAUGCGCAUAUUGCCAUCGCUUUUGUGUGCGAUCCUUUUGGAAUAGAUAUCCACGCGUAAAUAACAAUUUAUUCGUUAAACAAUAAAUACUUGAUUCAAAAUAAGCAUUUUUUAAUUUAAUUCCGUUUUAGCGAAGCAAGGCCUCAGGUUGUUUAUCUGGUCUUUACUUUAGGACAGCGAGGAUAACCAGCCUGCCGCUCUCCUUCCACACUGAGCCCAAGCCUAUACUGACUGGGUCCUGAUAGUUACAAAAGUUCCCUGGGCAUCGCAGGAGAGAUGGCAUCAGUGAAAGAAAGCAGUCAAACUCUCCGGCUGAAUAUCAUCACAAAAGAUAUAGAAGAGGAAGUGAAGAUUUGGGAAUGCGAUGAUUACGCAGAAGAGAGUCCAGAGAUGGCGCCAGUGAAGGUGGCAGACAGCAGUCAAACGCUUGGGCAGAAUGUCACCUUUAAAGAAGAGGAGAAGGAUGACUUUGGGGAAUCUGAUCAUGGAGAGACCCCGAACUCCUCUGACCAAGUUGAGACAUUUCCUGCUUCAGUCAAGCAUCGUCGGAAAGUGAGCAAAGUGAAGAGGUCUCACCGCUGUCCUCACUGUGAGAAGAGUUUCCCGUUUCUUUCAUAUCUUGAAAGACACGUGCGAAAACAUUCCGGAGAGAAGCCUUACUCUUGCUCUGACUGUGGGAUGAGUUUCUCCCAACUGAGUGGCUUGAAUGUGCACCAGCGAACACACACUGGAGAGAAGCCUCAUCACUGUCCUCACUGUGAGGAGAGUUUCCCAUUCCCAUCAUAUCUUGAAAGACACCUGCGAAAACAUUCAGGAGAGAAGCCUUAUUCCUGCUCUGUCUGUGGGAUGAGUUUCUCUCAACGCAGUGGCUUGAAUGUGCACCAGCGAUCACACACUGGAGAGAAGCCUCACCACUGUCCUCACUGUGAGGAGAGUUUCCCAUUCCCAUCAUAUCUUGAAAGACAUCUGCGUAAACAUUCUGGAGAAAAGCCUUAUUCCUGCUCUGUCUGUGGGAUGAGUUUCUCUCAACUGAGUGGCUUGAAUGUGCACCAGCGAACACACACUGGAGAGAAGCCUCACCACUGUCCUCAGUGUAAGGAGAGUUUCCCAUUCCCAUCAUAUCUUGAAAGACACAUGCGAAAACAUUCUGGAGAGAAGCCUUAUUCCUGCUCUGUCUGUGGGAUGAGUUUCUCUCAACUGAGUGGCUUGAAUGUGCACCAGCGAACACACACUGGAGAGAAGCCUCACCGCUGUCCUCACUGUGAGAAGAGUUUCCCAUUCCCAUCAUAUCUUGAAAUACACCUGCGGAAACAUUCUGGAGAGAAACCGUACUCCUGCUCCGACUGUGGGAAAUGCUUCACAACAUCAAGUCAUCUAACCUCUCAUCGGAUAACUCACACAGGGGAGAAGCCUUACUCCUGCUCUGACUGUGGGAAGAGUUUCCCAUUCCCAUCAUAUCUUGAAAGACACCUGCGGAAACAUUCUGGAGAGAAACCUUACUGCUGUUCUGACUGUGGGAAAUGCUUCACCACAUCAAGCAAUCUAACGCUACAUCAGAGUGCACACAGGGGAGAAGCCUUACUAAUGAUCUGACAAGUGUGGAAGAAUCUCAUCUGGACAGCCUGAACCUUAACAAGUAAAACACACAGGAGAAAAACCUUACUCCUGCUCUAACUGUGGGGAAGGAUUUCACCUCACCAAGUCAUCAAACCGUUCAUAAGAGAGUGCAUGCAGGAAAAAAAAGCCUUAUCAAUGUUCUGAAUGUGGGUACCUUCGAACACCACCAGCGAAUAAGUACAGGAGAGAAGUCGUACUCUUGUCCUGACUGUGAGAAGUGCUUCACCUCAUUGAAUCAGUUAAGUGUUCGUCAUAGCACUAUAUCUGCUACGUCUUUGCUGAUCGAUUACAUUGUAAAAUUACAUUGUGCUGCCCUUUUUAUAGACCUGUGGAAGUAUUUCGAUUGUGUUGACCAAUUUUGGCGGCAGGUAGAGCGUUGGACUAGUAAUCGAAAGGUUGCAAGAUCGAAUCCCCGAGCUGACCAGGUAAAAUUCUGUCGUUCUGCCCCUGAACAAGGCAGUUAACCCACUGUUCCUAGACUGUCAUUGAAAAUAAGAAUUUGUUCUUAACUGACUUGCCUACUCAAAAAUUGGCCUGGGUCAGGCAACCUGCAUUUGGUUUGAAAACAACCUGACCGAGAGGACACUUCUGAUGGUGUUAAAUAAAGUUUCCUUUAGUACUAAAGGUGCC